AUGCCUCCUCGUUUGGGCCUAGUGCUUCCUGCGCUUGCUGAGAGCGACGCACGUGCCAGGGAUCCUGAACGAAGGACCGGACAGAUUGUCCAGGGACAAUAUUCCCCCCGGGGAGUGGUCUUUACACCCCCAAACAGUCCAGCUGUUAUGGCGCCUCUUUGGCAGAGCGGAAGUCGACCUAUUCGCGUCAAAGGACAACGCUCAUUGCCCAGUGUUAUUUUCAAAGAACGAGGAUGCGCUGGCCCAACUCUGGCCCAGCCGUCCGCUAUAUGCCUUCCCUCCGAUCUCUAUGUUACCACAGGUAAACAAGAGAAUCAGGGAGAACCAAACCUGGUUCCCGGAACUAACACGGCUGUCACACACAGCCCCGUGGCCGAUUCCGUGUCACCAUAUAAAGCCCCAAGAAACCUAUUGACCUCUGAACCCACCAAAACCAGUUUCCGUGUGUCCUGGGACCCUGCUCCCGGUGAUGUACGAGGGUACAAAGUCACUUUCCAUCCCAGCGGAAAUGAUAUUGAUCUAGGAGAACUUCUUGUUGGACCAUACGACAACACGGUUGUUUUAGAAGUACUCAGAGCUGGAACUAAAUACUCCGUGGCUGUUUUUGGCAUGUUUGAUGGAGGUCAAAGUAUGCCGUUGGCCGGGGAGGAGAAGACCACCCUUUCUGAUACACCUAUCAACGAAACACCUGUUGACUUCUCCGAUGCUCAGUGUAAAACCACAGCCAAGGCUGAUAUCGUCCUGCUGGUUGAUGGAUCCUGGAGUAUCGGCCGUUUGAACUUCAAAACCAUCCGGGCUUUUAUUGGUUGCACGGUGGGCGUCUUUGACAUCGGCCCUGACAGGGUUCAAAUCGGUUUGGCUCAGUACAGCGGGGAUCCCAAAACUAUGUGGCAUUUGAACGCUCAUGCAACCCGUCAAUCUCUGCAGGAUGCUGUGGCCAACUUACCCUACAAAGGCGGAAAUACAAUGACGGGUAUGGCCUUGAACUACAUCCUACAGAACAACUUCAAGGCAAAUGUGGGUAUGAGACCCGAUUCUCGUAAGAUUGGUGUCCUUGUUACCGACGGCAAAUCUCAGGACGAGAUUGUAGUGAAUUCUCAGAAACUGCGUGACUGCAUUGAGCUCUAUGCCAUCGGUGUGAAGAAAGCAGAUGAAAAUGAGUUGCGAUCCAUUGCCACCGACCCUGAUGAUAUUCACAUGUACAACGUCAACGACUUCUCCUUCCUGUUGGACAUUGUGGACGACCUCACUGUUAACCUCUGUAACAGUGUUAAAGGCCCAGGCGGCGGCCCAGGGACACCCACUGACCUUGUGACUUCCGAGGUCACACACUACUCUUUCCGUGCGACCUGGAUGCCACCUGACAAGCCAGUGGAGAAGUUUCGCAUCGAGUACGUCCCCGCCGCUGGAGGAAAUACUGAAGUGAUGUUCGCUAAUAGAGAAGAAAACACAGUUGUCCUGGUCAACUUGACCCCCAUGACUGAGUAUGUUAUCAAUGUCUAUGGAGUGAUUGGUGAGGAGAGCAGCGAGCCUUUGAAAGGAAACGAAACCACAUGUAAGUUGAGCAGAUCAAAACCUCUCCUUCUGUUUAUGUGA